UCCUAUGUAGCACGGCGUCAUGAAAUUUCAAUUGUGCUAUCCUUCCUCUUCUUUCUUACCAUCCAGGUAAUUCUACUUGGCGCUUGGGUCACUGGUUAUCUAGACCCAUACCAAAAACAGCCCCAGGAGCUCGUGUUGGACUACAUGGAAAGCCUUACUGACAAGAAACUCACCGAGGACCAAAAUCUAAGCAAGAUUCAAGAUCAACUCGGGAAUCAACUGGAUGGUGUGUUUGGUAAAGGAGGUGGAGGGCUGGGAGAAGGAUUUGGUUGUGUCGAGCAAAGGUCUUUGAGGUGGUGGACUGUUAGAACGAAGGAUAAGAAUAGCAAGAUUGACUUUGGAUUGAAAUUAAGAUUAAGUUUGAGAUUAAGUUGA